UUUUUCUUAUUUAUUUAUUCGUCAGCCUUAGGGUAUUUUUCUUGGAUACGUGAAUAACAAUUCAAUGCCUCAAAAACAGUCAUUAAAUGGCAAGAUCUUUUACUUGAAACCGAUGGAUAAUAGUGGCGGUGGAAUUUGAACAAUCUUUUUAUCGUUGUGCUGUAAUCGAAGUGUCCUCGAAGAAGAAGAAAGGGAAGAAAUCGUAUUUUUGAGCUUCUUGUUGGUGGUUCGUCUCAAGCAGAUAUGUCCCUUCUCAAGGUUGUGGUCUCGUCAACACGGAAUUCAACAGACACAUUUGCUGCACUUGAGAGAGAUUUAGAAGAACGUUCGCCUUCAUCUUCUACCCAUAAUGUUGACCAAGAAUUACCUGACCAUAACCAAUUGGCCAAUGAACCCUCCCAGGAGGAAAACCCAAACUCCCCAUUGCUAUCAGCAGCUAGCACACUGUCCAAAAAAGGAUCAAUCACAUCACAAGACAUUUGCAGGAUUUGUCAUUGUGAAGCUGAAUUUGAGGCUCCCUUAGUAGCUCCUUGCAGUUGUGCCGGUUCACUAAAAUUUGUACAUCAAGGAUGUUUGCAGCGAUGGGUACAGAGCUCUGACAUGAAGAACUGCGAGCUGUGCAAGUACCCAUUCAUCAUGCAGACAAAGAUCAAGCCAUUCAAAGAAUGGGAAAAGCUGGACAUGUCUUCGAUGGAACGUCGCAAACUGGCUUGCUCCGUGACAUUUCACGCCGUUGCAUUUACAUGCGUUAUAUGGUCACUUUACGUGCUCAUUGAUCGAUCGGCAGAAGAAUAUACUUCGGGCCAAUUGCAGUGGCCUUUUUGGACAAAACUGGUGGUCGUGGCGAUUGGUUUUACCGGUGGUGUGGUAUUCAUGUACGUACAGUGUACCAUGUACUUGACGCUGUGUCGACGAUGGCGGGCCUAUAAUCGAGUGAUUUUAGUUCAAAAUGCUCCCAAUAAAACCGGCAAUGCGUCAACGAUUGUAACACUACCAAGCGAUGCAGUCAACAUCAAGCAAAACGGUGCUAAAAGAAAAGGAGAGAAAAAAGCUUCCGUGCCUGUUCAGCCAGUCGUGACGAUCGCUUCAGCUUUUACCGGGGGCAAUCUGCGCUCGAAAGUAGGUGCAGGUAGUAGUGGUACCACGGUCAUCGACCCCGCCGGCUUCGACACUAGCCAUGACCACCAGUUGGUGGAGAGCAUCGUCGUCAACGAGUCGGUUCACGCCGAGGAGAUGGCCGCCCUGCUCGAUCUAAAAAACCAGCCGUCCACGUCAAAACAAGCGUCGCCCGAUAACACUGCAAUUCCAUCCAUUCAGAAUCUAUUUAGUCUAGUCUUCUGGUAUUCGACUAGCCGAGUACUCAAAGAAAAUGUGGGAUAAUUUCUAUAACACAAAAAAUUAUCUUGAAAAAAAAAAUAUAAUUAAAGCUAAAAAAAAAAAAAAUUAUUAAUCGAGAAUAUUAACAUAUUGGGCAAUUUGUCCGAAAAAAAAUGUAUGUCGUCAGAACAGUGUGUUGGUUACGCAUUAGGCCGUCUCUAUUUUCAUGUUCACGAGAAUGACGAAAAUAAAAAAUCAGUUAAAAAAAAAAAAACAGAAAAUUAUUUCACUCUUGCAGCAGUCUGUGGAUCUGUGAUAGACAGCUUAUUAUUAAUAUUAUUAUCCCCCUUUACGAUUUUCAGCGAAAGAGUUGCAACAAUUCGGUCCCCUUUUGUUUUUCUUCUGCCCCUCUUGGUUUUCGUCAUAACGGAUUUUGCGUUUUCCAUAAUGGCUGUGUCAUCAUUUGUCUGUAAUAAAAUUCGGUCCUGGUUGGUUGAUUUAGUUUUCACUUUUGAUCCUGUGUCCCUUGUUGUUCCCUCUUUGUUUCGCCCUCUUUUUUUUUUUUUCUUGGUUUCUGGUUGUUUUUGUUUGUUUACUUUGCUCGUUUUGUUCUGCCAUGUUUUGUUUCGAUGUUUUCAAACUGGAAAAGUUUCGCCCACCUGAAAUACAAUUGGUGCGUUGGCCCUCGCUGGAAUGUA